GCGAUAAACUGCGCGCUAAUGUCCACUAGUUGAAGAAAAGCGUUAUGAUAGUUUUGUCAGUAGACGCAUAUUUCUUCAAGAUGCGACCUGGCGUUGGAUGCCAGUUAGAGCAUCAGAUGAGCCAACUCAUAUCAGAGACAUCUGGUAAAAUGGGACAUUAUACCCAUUUUGUGCUUGACGUAAUUAAAAAUUUGAGAUGAAGGAAAAAGUGGUACGAGCGCUACAGCACGUCGCCGAAAUCUUGGUGGGCAACUUCGCCGUGUCACUCCAAAACGAACUACGCUUUAUGGUAGGACAAUUUUGGUAAUUGCACUUCAGUAGCGCUAACUCAAUGCAUUAGGCGGAUGCGAUGGGAUCAUCGUGCGCAACCGCGAUGAGGGUGCAAGGCGUGCCGAUGGCGCAAGCGAUCAAGCACACUGCAGGCACUGUGGCGCGUCUUUGAACGGAGUGCUGAUGUUAACUCAGGGAAAUGUUACGGAGGAAGAUAUAUGUACCUAAAAGUAUUAAAUUGACUGCCUCACUAAAUUAAAUAUGCAACGAACUGAAUAUCACUUAAGCAAAGGUGUCGCCUUUGCACUACUCCCACCUGCAGUCCAUCGCAAUAAUGCCCCAUUCAUGGCAUCUUCAGCAAGCGCGGAUGCAAUUCGCCGCUGGAGCAAAGCUGAAGUUUUUUCAUACUUGGCAGCUACGGUUGCUUGCGCCUCGACUAGGCAUUUAUUGGAAUAGUGUUU